UGAAAACAUGCUGCCGUGCUUAACUGAACACAUUCAAGACUCACGAGACCCUCCGCGUUUUUGACCUUGCUUUAACAUUCGAGCGCAGUGGACUUUAACAUGCUGCUACCAGCGGAACUUGCACAGCUAGGCGGAGCAGCUUUUGUCCUGAUCGCUUUGUCCCUCGCAACUAAACUGCUUUGGCGUCUCUACUUCCAUCCACUCUCGAGAUACCCAGGUCCCAAACUGUUCGCUGCAACAAGUCUGGUCAAUACGUACUAUGUAUUCAGAGCGACGCGAGUUUACAAAGUCGCAGAACUGCACAAUAGAUACGGUCCAGUGGUCCGUCUCGGUCCCAACGAGCUAUCUUAUGUUGAUGAACGAGUAUGGAAAGAUAUCUACGGGUAUCACAAGGAAGGAGGGCAGUUACAGAAACAUAUGCCCGCUAUCAACGUGAUCGGCGGCUAUGGACUCUUUCACAACCCAAGCGAUGCGGAACAUUCUCGAAUCCGCAAGCUCCUCAGUGCAGGGUUCAGUGAGAAAGCUGUCCGGGAUAGAGAAAGUAUUAUUCAAGGGUACAUCUCCCUUUUGAUUAAGAGGCUGCAGGAGAGGGCCACGAAAGGUGUAAGGUUAGAUGCUACGUGGUGGUUUGACUGCUUGGGUGCGGAUAUCGCUGGGCAUCUUGGGUAUGGGGAGUCUUUUGAUGCGCUGGAAACUUCAACGGUACCAGAAUUCAUGCCGAUCAUGGACAAGCUGCUCAGGGGAUUGACGAUUGGAUUGGCUCUUCAGCAAUAUCGUGUUCUCAGACCGAUUGGUGACAUUCUCAGAAAUCUCUCUCCCUUUGAGGGAGUUUUCAAGAGACUGGUUGAGUCGAAGAUCGAGAAGCGACAGAAGCAGCUUGACGCUGGUCAAGCGGGGGAGGUGGAAGAUUACUACUCGCUGUUGUCUCGAAAUGACAAUGCUGUUCAGCAAAUCGGCCCGAAAACAAUCAGAAUCGUGUCGGGGGAUCUGAUUAUUGCAGGUAGCGAUACCACCGCGACCAGUCUUUCCGUCGCAGUAUUCCUCUUACUGAAGAACAUGUCUAAGCUUGAUAUCCUCACCAAGGAAAUCCGCUCCACAUUCAAAUCCGAGGACGAGAUCACGAUGAUCAAGACCAACGGCUUGAAAUAUCAAAGUGCAGUCAUAAGCGAAAGCAUGCGACUUUUUCCAGCGGGGCCAGAAACUACCAGGAGGAUCACAAAUAAGGGAGGGAAUGUCAUUUGUGGGGAGUUUGUCCAGGGAGGUGUAUGUGCUGCUUGCUCCUUCGAGUGUAUUUUGAGGGUUUGAUACUGAAUGACUUGAAACAGACACUAGUUGGUACAUACGCCUGGGCUGCCGGGCACUACAAAGCUGCUUGGAAAGACGCUGAAUCUUUUGCUCCUGAGCGCUGGCUUGGAGAUAAGAUGUAUGAAGGCGAUGUAAGGGCAGUCUCGAGUGUAUGGAAUGCGGGACCAAGGAACUGUCUAGGUCAGAAUUUUGCUCUGGCGCACAUGAAGCUUGUUCUUGCGAGGCUUAUCUGGAAUUUUGAUAUAGAGCUUUGUGAAGAGAGCGAGAACUUGAUGGAUGUCGGUGCCUCGGUGCUGGUGUAUCACAAAGGGCCGUUGAUGAUUAGGCUGAAUCCAGUCCAGAGGUAGGAAUUUUCUACCGAGACUCCAAGCAUGGGUUUGUGUCAACUGCAUCCAGCCCUAUAGUCAGAGAGACUUUGGGCCGGGAACCCUUACCGGCCUUAUCAGAACAUUUGUAUAGUCUGCGAAAGUUUAUUCAACAGAGACCAGAAUCUGCAGGGUAUGCAUCAGUGAUUUGUCGCACUCGCUUCAAAAUGAUUUGGCAAAUGUGCUGGUUGAAUCAAUUUGU